AUGGCACUUGAUGGCAACUGGAAGGUAGCCAGAAGUGAAAACUAUGAAAAGUUCAUGGAGCAGAUGGGUGUUAAUGUAAUGAAGAGAAAGCUAGGAGCCCAUGACAACCUGAAAAUUACUAUUCAGCAGGAAGGAAACAAAUUCACUGUCAAGGAAUCAAGUACUUUCCGCAGCAUUGAAAUAAUAUUCAUGCUGGGAGUCAAUUUUGAAUACAGCCUGGCUGAUGGAACUGAGCUCAGUGGUACUUGGAACUUGGAAGGAAAUAAGCUUGGGAAAAUUCACCCGAAAGAUAAUGGGAAAGAGCUCAGGCAUUCAGAGAAGUCAUAG